UUUUUUUUUUCAAGUGCAUCUAAAUGCGGGUGUCACACUUGUUGGUUGUUGCGGGCCAAUCGGCGAUCUUCCAGAGCGUCUCGGGUCAAGGCUGCAGUUUCACGCGAUCUCUAUGUGCCUGGCGUCGGGCUUUCCUUAUCACACCCGUUUUCCGGUUCUGUACUUUGUGGUAGAGCUCCCAGAUCGCCAUCGCGGUUGCGAUUAAAUCAUAUUGUCCUACUGGGAGAGCCACCAUCUUUAAGGGACACCUCGGCCAGCAACAGCUGGUCGAUGUAUCUGGUCUGCACCUAAAGCGUCUGCAUUUCUUUCGCUCUGUCUCUCUGCAUCAUGCUGUUCUUCAUGCCAAUUCCGCCGUGGCCCCAAUCGAUAAUCUUGCCUACAGUGCUGACCAUAGCUAGCAUUGGCCUGACCGUGCUCCUAGAGUUACGAAGGCGUGACCAAAAGCGUGCACGUCCGGACAGUUCGAUUGACCUGAUGCGUCUGCCUUUGAUCUCAUUGCCCGUCGCAGGGUCCGCUUUGGCGGUUGCAGUCGUCACUGCUGUCUACCAAAGUCAGACAGGCAAAGCAUCAACCAUCAUCUGUACACUGUAUCUCCAGAUCGGACUCGCUGCGUGUCUAGCUUACGAAGGUUCUGCGGUGAUCCUUGAGCAAACGCACUCAUUUACAGCAUUUUUUUUCUGGUGGUGGCUUAGGCCGUCGUACGCCCUAUUUUUAACAUCUGUUUCACUCACAAUACUCAUCCACCGAGAGCCGGUCGCAAUUAACGAAGCGACGAUUGCGUUUCUUAUCCUCACCAGUGUCUUUGAUGCUUGGCAUAUUGCACAAGUCCAACUUACCGUUAAUAGUUCUAUUAUUAAGCCGUUCGAUGGAAAGUUGCCUGGUUUCUAUACCAAGACGAAGCGUGCGUUAUCAUGGCUUGUGAAGGGUUUUAGGCUGACUCUGGUAUCAUUCUGGAACGGCGAGGAGUCAACGCGAUUCCACAGGAAGUUGUUUGUUUUAUUGAUACGGAACUGGGUUGUUUUUGGCAUCGACGUGUCAUUUGCUCUGCUUUUUUGUGUUCAAACUGGACCAUACGUACGGUGGAUUCUGCAGUUUGUGUCAUUUCCGAAUUUGCUUUCGUCGGUGGUGUGGAUAUCUCUUCGUAGAGAUGACCGUCCACGUGAACUGGAGUCAUCUGGCUUCCAGGCUGGGUUAACCGACAACGAACGGUAGAUACCGAUACGCAAAGUCUGCUCUUCGGCAAUGCUUGUCUCUCCCUCUCGUCAAUACAAGCCAUAUUUUGAGACCUGUAUGUGUACGUUAUCUUUGAUCCGCACAGCGAUAUAGUGUAAUCAAUAUUUCUUUCGCAG